AUGGCUUCAUCCUUCAAUCUUACCAUCGACGAUAGCUCUCCUCUUGUUUCUUACGGACCCAGCGGUGCUUGGCAGGAUGCGUCUAGUAAGGACACGGCGGGCCUUGCCUAUACCGGGGGCACUAUUCAUACAACUACGACGCGUGGUGCAACGGCCACCAUUCAAUUUAAUGGAACGGGUAUCGAAAUCUACGGGUCUCAUAGACCUUCAUUCGGCGGAUACGAACUGUCCGUCGAUGGAAAACUAAUUACCACCGGGAGAUCGUCAAGCCCUGGGUUUGAAAUUCAACAACUCUUGGGGUCUGCGACGGGCUUGUCAAAUGGCCCCCAUACCGCAGUGUUAACAUCAACUGGAGUGGGCAUGGACAUUGACUGGGCUAACGUGAUCACCCAAGUUGGCGGAGCUGGAUCUGCAGUCACCACGACCGUUUUUGAUGAUGCUAACUCUGCCAUGAAUUACGCAGGGAACUGGGCCACGACCAAUACAGAUAAAUAUAUUAAUGGGACUCUUCAUUAUACUCAGAGCCCUGGCUCAGCAGCUUCGCUCCAAUUUGUCGGGAAUGCAGUCGCGAUAUAUGGCACAGUCUCUCCCAACCACGCAAAUAUGCAGGUUUCUAUUGACGGACGACCCACUCUCGUUAACAUCCCAUCGUCCACCAUAAGCGGUCUCCAUGCUCAGACUUUGUUGUAUUAUGCAAAUAAUCUCGACUCUUCUCAACACAUGCUCAUUAUAACGAAUCCUGGCCAGCAGAGUGGAACCGGUUCUUUUAUCGACCUGGACUCGAUCACGGUCUACUCUGCAAGUACUACCGCUGGUGACGCAGCACCUAUCUCCAAUCAAGCUUCUGCGUCAACAACGAGUGGUAUCCCACAACCCAGGCCGAAAUCUGGACUUGCGGUGGGCGCUAUAGUCGGCAUCGUGUUGACGGUGAUCCUCUUGGUUCUAGGCCUACUUGGCUUGAUGCUUUUCCUCGGUGCUCGACGUAGACGGAGAAGAGCGGAUCGAAAUAACCUUGCAGAUCCAUCAACUCCGGUUGACGCCGAACUUCCUCUACAAUCAGGCAAUAUCAAGCUGUCCCCGGAUACACCGAUUCAGCCCAUGCCAACAUUCACUCGUGCUCCGUCGCAAUCGUUUGGUGGAAGAGGCUCCAAACCGCCACCGAUGCCACAAAUGUCACAAGUGCCAACUUUAGGCAUGCCCAUGCCCCCGUCACGUUCAGCAACUGUGAUGACCCCUCCUAAACCAACAAUGGGAAACCUCAUCUGGCACGAGUAUGCGCGUUAUGUAGCUAUCACAGCGAGCGCAUAUGCGGUUUGGGCAAGCUUCUUCGGCCUGUUCUACCGUAAAUUCUUUUGGGACUUUGUCACUGGCACUUUGCGCGACCCGGGAGGACUCCAGCCGUCUCCCAGUGUCGCCAUCUUUAUAACGCUCAUUGUCAAGGCCCCUGUCAUCCCCAUUAUCACUGCUAUCAUCGCUCUCAUAAAUCUUGCGAUUGAGAAUCCACUGCCACUUCUCAAAGGGUCUUCGAUUCAGCGGAGUUUGGUGUUGAGGAUUGUUAUCUUGGUGUUCCAAACCUUCUUCUCUGUGCUUUUCUACCAGGGCACAAAUGCCGCGCUGUGGUCGCUCAUUGCGAUCAUUUGUUACAUUCGCGCCAUAGCGCUUGGAGAAAAGAUCGAGGAGGCCAAGGACAACAGAGGAAAGGGCGGGCGAGCCUGA